GGAGGGCGGGAGGAAGAGGCGGGAGCUGAUUGGCUGGCACCGCCCCGCCACGGGGUUGCCAUAGCGACGGGAUGCGGACGGGGGGAAGGAGGAAGAGGAGGAGGCGGCGUCCGCAGGCGGGAGGAGGAAGCCGCCGGUGGCGACGGGGAGGAUCCGCCCUCUCCAUGGCAUUUGCGCCUCCCAAAAAUUCGGAUGGCUCCAAGCUCCAGCUGAGCACGUGGACACCCCUGAACCACCAGAUCAUGAACGACAAGGUAUUUGAAGAAAGAAGAGCCCUGCUUGGGAAAUGGUUUGACAAGUGGACAGAUGGCCAGAAGAGGAGGAUCCUGGUGGACCUGCUGGAACGCUGCUCCCUAUCCCAGCAGAAAUUCUGUGCCAAGCAGCUCCAGGCCCGAGUCCCCACCGAGGCCGUCGAUUUUACCACCAGGCUCCCUCGAGUCCUGUCCUUGUACAUCUUUUCCUUCCUGGACCCACGCAGCCUCUGCCGAUGUGCACAGGUGAGCUGGCACUGGAAGUACCUGUCGGAGCUGGAUCAGCUGUGGAUGCUGAAGUGCCUGCGUUUCGGGUGGUUCAUCAACUUCUGCCCCACGCCCUUCGAGCAGGGCGUCUGGAAAAAACACUACAUCGAGAUGGUGAGGGAGCUGCGCGUCUCCAGGCCCAAGACUCCUUCCAAGGACGAGUUCAUCGUUAUCGAUGUGCAACCGGUAAAAAGCAGCGUCCCAGAGAGGAAACUUUCCGUGGCAGGAUGGGGGACAGCCAGAGGGAAAAAAAAUCUCCCUCCUUGGCGCUCAUCCGACAGGAACCCCACGGACACCAUCCGCUACAACUACCUGGACAACUACGACCCCAUCGAGCAGGCCAGGCAGGCCAGGAGGAAGGGAGGAGGGCACACCCCGGACCUGAGCCGGCAGGCGGCUGAGAGGAAGAGGAGAGGAGGUCGUGGAUCCGCUCAGCUCCGGAAGUUAUCCCUUCCUGCAGAUCUCCAGCCUGUCCCCAGCCCCCCAGCCCGUCCCACCUGGGCUGCACCUGAGCUCACCGGGACCCUUCCCGCCGAGGCGCUGGCCCGGAGCUCCCGCUGGAACGCCGGGAUCCGCCCGGGACCUGUCCGAGCUCCAGCACCGCGGCCGAGAGGAACCGGAGAUGUCACCAGGGGGGACACCGGGUCCUCGUCCCCUCCUCUGUUUGAGGCUCAGCCCUGGCACAUUCCUUCAUCCAACCAAGGAUCCGACACGGAAUAAGGGAGGAUCCAGAGUAUCCUUCAUCCAAGCAGAAGAGAAAUUUAUCCACCUGCCACUGGGGAAACGACAGGAAAGUUCCUGCUGGGUUUGGGAUCUGAACCUGUUUCCCUGUAGCUGGUGCUGCAUUCCCUUCUCCUCCCGGAUACAUCCGGAAUUCCCAGAAUUUCCCCCAUGGAGACGCUUCCUUAGAUCCUUGCCAGAGCUGCUGGCCCUCACAGGAGGUUGCCUGUGGAUCAUUUGGACAUCCUGGGGUACAUCCCACGGAAAACCUGGAGACAGAAUUCCUUUCUGGGGUCAAAGCAAUUCCAUCUUUCCCACUUAGCGAGAAGGAAAUCAAAUCCCAUGCUCCGGCUUUGCGCCUGGAUCCGCGAGGAGCUGGAAUUCGUCGUUUACGAGAUUGGGAGUCCCCUGCCCUCCCUCUCAUUGGUCUUUCCUGCGGUUUUCCCAGAAUUCCCAGCAGAAUUCGCAGAAAAUGGAACAAAGAGCAGUUUUUGAGGAUCAGGGGAUUGAAAGCACGAAAGGACUUUAAUCCAUCCCAGAGCGCUGGCACAAAACAGAACCUUUCCGCACUUCGGGAAGCGCAGGAAUCCUCAGUAUCUCCGGACAAAAAUCUCAUUUCACAGGAAAUUCCAACCAACCAAUCACGGAGCCACGGAAUUAUUAAGGAUGGAAAAGACCUUUUAGAUCCCCAAAUCCAGCACUACGCCUGUAUCCCUUAAACCACGCCCACAGCCUUUCCGGGAAUGGCGAUUUCCAUUCGGUGGAAUGAAGAUUCCAUUUUUUCCACUAAGAAAUUGCUCCCAAUAUCCCACCUCAUCCUCCCCUGCUGCAACUCCAGGCCGUUUCCAUGUGAAUUAGGAGGAAACUUUAUGCAGGAUUACAUAAAAUUACCCAGGAGAACAGAAUGACGGAUUUUGAUUAGGAAAGUGAAAUUUUGGGAAUUUAAAGUGAGGUGGAGCAACCCAAAACAUUCCCUGGAGUUUCAAAUCUUUCCUCACCAGCCUUUAUUUUUAUUUUUUUAUGUAGGAAACCAAACUCAACCAAUCGCUCCGUGGGUGCUUCCUUGGCUUCCUAAAUCCAAAUUUUUUUUUGUUUCCAUUAGGCAGCAGCUGAGGGUUAGAUCCACAUCCCAAACAUGUAAAUUAUGUCAGUGGUUUAUCUUUUCCCAGCAAUUUUCCCUGGAAUUGUACAAUUCCCAGGAUCUGAGUGGGUGAGUCUUGGACAGGCUCUGCGCCUUUGCUGCAUCUUAAGCGCUCACCGCGCAUUUUAAAGCUUAAACCUCUGAUUUAUAAUUUUAUAUUU